GNAGGAGGAGGAGGAGCUACAAGGAGGUGAUGGAGGACGACGUGGACGAUGACGAAGAGGACGGAGAUAAGGAAGGGGGGGAGGAGGAGGAGGAGGAAGAGGAGCUACAAGGAGGUGAUGGUGGGCACGUAACUCCCGUGGUGGUUGGUGAUGGCGACGAAGACGACGGUGGCCGCAGCUUCGGGGUAGCACGUGGGCACCAGCGACGGAGAUGGGGACGCGGCGGCGUUGGAGACGACGAUGGAGCCGACAACAGGGACGACGGGGGGGGAACGCUGCUCCAGGCCAGCUCGGGAGCGACGAAUCGCCGACUGCCGGCUGCGGAGGCUGAGGCUAGACAGCUGUUGCAGAGCAUAGGUCGUCAGUCUCCGUUGCUGCAGGCAGCUAUUCUUGACGCCGUCAUCGCCUUCGGCACGACGUCGAAGCCCAGACGCUUCACACUCCCUUGUGGCGACCGGCGCUUGAAUGCCCGGCAAUUGUGUGCAGACACCGUCGUCCGCGAAGCCACUCUGGCCAAUCCUGGAGGGACUGAUCAAUCCUGGCUCAGCUCUUUCGUUGCCACAUACGAGGUUGCAAUGAGUUUACAUGGUCAAGGGUUUUUCGGGGAUUCACUUUAUCGUCCGCGAGCAUUCAAACAGCUGGCCGAUCAGGGGGCAUGGAACAUGGACCGUCCGAUCCUGGUAUCAACGCGGCGAUACGCAAGAUUGGCCACCUACUACGUGAUUCAAGUCGACGACGGGAGACUUCGGGCGGAUUGUUGGGUCUAGGUUGGACCGAGAUGGAGAGAGACUGUGAGAGGAGGAGAGAGGAGAGAGGAGAGAGGAGAGAGAGGGUGGAAGAAGGGGCUGAAGCUGGUAGAGCAGCAGGCUAGCAGCAGUACCAACUGUGGCUCGUCUGUCAGAAGUUAACGGUACACUCUUCUGGGGCCAUUUUUAUCUUUUCUUUUUUUUUUUUUUGAGCCCUUCUUCCUGCGUGUUGCCCCCAGGCUAACUUCCACGAGUUUUAGAGCGAACUACG